GAGGAGAAUAGUAAAGGAAGAUUAGGUAGAACAACAACACAUAUUUUUUCACUGGCACACAGACAUGUAAUUUGUUUCACAGUUAAACUUACAGUACCUUAUACCUUAAAUCAGUAGACAGAUUUAUAAAAAUGUUUCCAUGAGAUUUGAACAAGACAGGAGGAUGGGCACUUAGUUAAAUUGGUGGACAUAGACAAACAGUUCUGUACAGUAGUUACAUUGGAGUUGAUUGAUAGAUAGAUAGAUAGAUAGAUAGAUAGAUAGAUAGAUAGAUAGAUAGAUAGAUAGAUAGUAAGCCAACAUAAAGACAGAAGGACGGACAGGCAUACAGAACUGGCUUCAGAACUAGGUGAGACUACCAAAAUCAGGGGAUCUAUUGCAAUCCAGACCUUCAGAGUUCCAUGGGUUCAAAAGAGACCUCCCUGAGUCCCAUGCUGCUACUGUCAGUUUUGGCAGCAGUCUUUGGGAACUUCCAGGUGGGCUACCAUUCUGGAAACAUGAACGCACCUCAACAGGUCAUUGAGAAUUUCUUCAAUACCACAUGGCAAGCAAACUACAAUGUGUCCUUGACAACAUCCCAGAUGACUAUUCUCUGGGCUGUCACGGUCAGCAGCAAAGACUUUGGGGGCAUUGUGGGGGCCCUGGGGGUUAAGGGGUUAGCUGACACUUUCGGGAGGAGGAACUCGAUCCUGAUUGCUAAUGCCCUCUCUGUGGUCUCUGGGAGUCUAAUGUCCAUCUCUCAGCUCUGUGGCUCUCUAGGUUUGAUCAUCACGGGGCGGCUAAUUUUUGGGUUGUUCUGCGGCCUGUGUAUGAGUCUGAUCCCACUCUACAUCCAGGAGGUCUCUCCAACAGCACUGCGGGGGGCUUUCACCAUCAUGAGCCAUGUCUCCUUCUCUCUUGGAAUACUUGUGGGAAUGGUGAUGAGUCUGGAAGAAGUGCUGGGGAAUGCUCAGUUCUGGCCUCUGAUGCUCUCUCUGUCUGUGAUCCCGGCUGUGCUUCAGUAUCUCACCCUGCCCUUCUGUCCGGAGAGUCCUCGAUACCUCCUGAUUAACCGUGGUCAAGAAGAGGAAGCAGAGGCAGCUCUCCGCAAAUUAUGGGGAAACUCUUGGGAUAUCCUCACUGAAAUCAACAAAAUGAGGGAGGAAGCUUCUCAAACCCAAUCAAAGGUCACCUUGAGAGAUUUCUUGUCCCUGAGAAGAUACCUCAAUCCAAUCAGCAUCAUCGUUGCCAUCACCCUUGGCGCUCAACUGUCCGGGUUCAACGCGAUUCUCAAUUAUUCAACAGAUAUUUUCACAAAGGCUGGUUUUUCACAAUCUCAAUUUCUAACUCUCGGCACCGGAGUUAUCAAUGUGGUUUUUACAGUCGUCUCUGUGUUACUGGUGGAGAGAGUGGGCCGCAGGAAGUUGUUGCUGACUGGCUUCAUGGUAGGAGCACUGUGUAACAUCCUGCUAACUGUCAGUGAAGCAACGAUGCGCUGUAUCCCAGGGAUGUCCUAUCUUCAAGUCCUGCUGGUGUUCAGCAGCAUCUCGGCCUACGAGCUCGGUCCUGGUCCCAUAUCCUGGUUCAUCGCUGCCGAACUGUUUGACCAAUCAGCUCGGCCUUUUGGCAUGGCAUUCACAUGCAUGUUAAACUGGGGGGGCAAGUUCUUGUGCUCACUGUUGUACCCACCACUGCUGAACCUUAUGGGUGCCUAUGUAUACCUCAUCUUCACGGCUGCCCUGUGCUGCGCGUUCACCUUCACAUUCUUCCAACUUCCCGAAACAAAAGGACGCACCUUUGAUGAAAUCGCCUCGGAAUUCAGACAGGCAAACCGGGUUGUAUUGUUAAAGGAGCUCCAGAAGGAUUUCAGAACCUUCAACUGACGGCAUGAAUACUACCAACAAAACAAACCUAGAUCUUACCAGCGCAAUCAGGAAUGGACCUCACAGACGCAACAACUGAUAGACAGAAAUGUUCUAGUUAAGGAAAGUACUAUUGUUUUUUUAGCAAUGCUCCAAACAAUUAAUAAUAUGCAGAGGUGCUUACAUAAGCUAUGUGUAUUCAGGCAUCCAUUGACACAAACAUUUCCAGUAGUGGUGAUCCACACAAUAUUGAUGUAUUGGGCAAAUACGGUUGGUGGACAAUUGGGAGCCAUUUUUCCAGCAUUGAUUGUAUAUAGGGUUAUGUGAUGGUGAACAUCUGUGUAUGUGGGUAAUAUAGACAGGGGUUGAAAAAAUAUAUUAUAUACUACUUUUUACAGCUAUAGCUAAGUUUUGCAUCUGCUAGGCUGUGUGGUCCGGUGGUUAAAGAAAAGGGCUUGUAACCUGGAGGUCCCCAGUUCAAAUUCCAGCUCACUCACUAACUCACUGUGUGACCUUGAGCAAGUCACAACCUCCUUGUGCUCCAUCUUUUGGGUGAGAUGUUGAUGUAAGUGACUCUGCAGCUGAUGCAUAGUUCACACACCCUAGUCUCUGUAAGUUGCCUUGGAUAAAGGUGUCUGCUAAAUAAACAAAUAAUAAUAAUCACCUAGAA